AUGGAGUGGCUUCCUGCAACCCACGCUUUUGGCAACGUUGGUGGCCUCAAGAAUAUCGCGGAUUCUGUUAUUCUGCCUGGCGAAGUAGAUGUUCUAGAAGGUGAUGAAGAUGAUGCCCACGCCCAUGCUUCCUCUACAACUGCAAAAACUACUACAUCUACACCUGUCCUUACUAGACCUACUCGUACAAAGCAGAGGAAAAGAAGAAGUAAAACCUCCUUCGCCUCUCCCUCUCAAGUUCAUCUUAUGGAUGGCCUACAGUACGGUGGUUUCGUCUUUGACACCAAUAUGUUGCAUGGGGCUCACAUGCACGUUUUUCCCAGGGAAAUCCGAAAAACGCGUCGCGUCUUCAUCCUAGAUUUUGCGGCUAUGCGGCAUAUGGAAGAACUACCAAGAACCGGAUUGUCCGAAAGGGAGACGGAGAAGAUGAGACAGAGGGGGGAUGAGAAUGUUAAGGUAACAAGUACUAGUAGCGAGGCCCGUUUGUUUGCGCUUCAUAAAUUAACUUGUUUCCAGAUUGAGAACGAAGAUGUUCAUCCCAGUCUAUGUCUAAUUUUCCGACUCUAACUAGUACAAUUCGACUGGUAGCGCAAUAUUUUUUCUCUUUCUGUAUAAUUAUGAUAGAUUACUUCUGAAUCUGAAAAAACACCGAUCUAGUCGCAGUCCCGUCUAAUAUCCUCAACUCCGGUGGUAGAAUACCAGACGACUUGUGUCCAAGCGAAAACCAUCCAGAUCGCGUAAGAUGGGCAUAUGGGAUGCAGAAUGUUGCGGAGUGGAAGAAAAGCCGAGCUAGACUGUUGAUGAAUCGGAGUGCAGCAUCAACUCCAGCACCUCUAGGCGAAUAUUUGGAUGCGGAUGACCAGAGUACAGCACCAGCUGCAGCUCUAGGACGUUUGAUUCGAGAAGGAGGAAUACAACAAGAGAUUUCUUUUCCACGCAAACUAGCUGGAGCAGUAGCAUCGACGCCCUCCGCGUCAUCAGACAGCAAUGACAAUCACCAUCAGGACCAGGAGCAGCGUGAUUUUUACCGUCUUAGGUCUGCGCAAUACGUGAGUUCUGAUUGGGAGCGAUGGUGGCAGGACAGCAUUGACAGAGUGGAAAAAGAAAGGAGCAUCUGCAGUGCAUUGGUUGACGAAUCAGAGGAACUUCGACCAAAGCUAGCGCAUUUCAUGACGUUGACUGGAUGUGACGAGGUGGAUGACAAGAAGAUCAUAUCAUAUAGCACUAGGAGGAUCAAGUUUUUUGGUGACGGAUGGUGUCGUGUGUCACGAAAUAUUGCUGGUGUGGACGCAGCCUCGACUACACUUCUGAAGGAUGACAACAAACAGAAUCAAGGUUACUACUUUCAUCCAGAGAAGUUCAGAUUUAGAAGAUCAAUGCCGUUGCCACUCGUCACCAAGGAUGAACAAGUACACGCUAUAAUUCUGAAAGAAGAGGUAAGGGAACUACAUUACGACCCAACAGUUUUCUCGCGGUUUGAGUACGUUUAUGAGAAAGUAGGCGUACUACUAGCAGGACCAGGAGGUCAUAAAAAUGAAGCAAACAGGCAACUACAUAUUCAAAGAGAAUUCAUCGAGCCGCUCGUCGGACACUUGCGGCAUCCAUUAGCAGGUUGUGAAGAGCACCUUUUUUGGGAGACAGAUAGAGAGGAAACUACUAGUACAACAUCUACUGCAAAAGCUACAGGAGGUGCAGCUACUGCUACAGACAACAAGCCAAUAACAAGCAACAUAGAGCAAGGUUUCUUCGUCUCUGAUUCUAGCUAUGUAAUGCCACUGCCUCCCGAUUCUGUAUUACUACCUUCGACGCGGCCUAGCACGACUACUUCUUCUACACGUCUCUAUCUCGAUUUUGGAGCUGGGCAGUAUGCGGAGCACAACGUCUCUAGGACCUUUACGACGUUGAUUGGUGCUUGGGAACGGCAUGCAGAGAUGAAAUUUGAUGCUGUCGCAGGUUGGGAACCGAACGUUGUGAUGGACGGCACAGAUGAUUCGAAGAAGAAUAGGGUUGAUACGCCAGCGAAUACCACAAGAACUGCUUUCAAGAGACAUUUUUUUGAGACCUUGCCAGAACAUCUCCGAGAGCGCAUUAUCAUGGCUACCAAAAGCGAGGACAGCACCAGUACUAGUACACAACUAGUACCAUCAACACCGCAGCAGCUUCGUUUCGACUUGCAUACGAAUGGAUUGACUGAGUUUCCAGCGCGUCCACAUAGCUGGCUCCCUUGCCUAGUGAAGGCGAAGCAAGCGGUUCAGCAAGAAAAUUACAACGAUAAAACCCUUAAAAAUCAGCACACUUCCUAUACGUUAGUGAAACUCGAUAUCGACGUGAACGUAGUCGAGAAUGCUGUGGUGGAUUCAAUCCUCGACGAGCCUCUGGAAGAUCGAUACUCUUUCGCGAGAAGAGCGCCAGUAAUACAAGAGUUCUUGUGGGAGCACCACGUGAACAAUUACCUGAUGAAUCCAUACUGGCUGGAGACGGGAUAUUAAGGCUAAUCCUAGUGAAGGGAACCCAUUGCAAUUUUAGUGACACCUUAGUACUGUAUGUUGUUGUACCUGUAUGUCUGACAAGUGUCACAAGUAACGAUGGGUUCCCAGCAUAGACGUUCGCUCUAAGGCAACCAAUCCCAAGAGUCUAUCGCAGACUCACACAGGAAAUUUUAUAGGCUCAGGAAGGAGAAACUCAUACGUGCACACAGCUGGGUUUAGCAAAGCUAUGUAUGAAACGCGAAUAGAUGCUGUUUAUGACUUUCACUUUCAUGAAGAUACAACACUGGCCCAACGAAGAAGGGAAGCAAAAAUCUAGAAAAAGC